UCUUAUUUCAUUUUUUAUUUUUCUUCACCAACAACCAAUUUGGUGAUUAUGUUGACAAUUUCACAUGACUGUUAUAUCUCAUAAAUUCAUGUACCAAGUUGAUGAUGCAAAUGAAAACUCUUUCAACAAAAGUAGCGCGCAUCACCAUGAUGACGAGGACGAGCUGUAACUGAAAUUAGUUAGUGGUUUGUUAGGUUAUUCAAUUUUCCCGCCUUCGGUACGUACACGUGUUAUGUGAUGAAUGCAAUACCCGUUUUGCCAUUAUCCAAGAACAAUUCCAUAGGGACCUAAGUGUCAUUGGAUCAAAAUGAAAGUGGUGAUCGAUCAACCAAAAACGCAAUAAUGGCAGCCUCCGGCAGCGGCCGGAUUUCAUUCUCUUCCUUUGCUUCUCUGCCACGUGGAUCCACCGCCGGAGCCAGUGGUAGGAGGAACCUAGACUUCUUGAAGUUUUCCAACGGAGAAUUCAUGGCUGGGAAGAAGCUGAAACGACUUGAGCUUCAUCAACCACGACGUCGUUGUAAUAAUGAUAAUAAUAACAAUAAAAUUUCCAGGGUCAACGGUAAAAUCGUGUCUGUUAUCAGUGAGGUGGAGGCUCAGUUGAAGGAACUAGAUUACGAGAGCAAGGACCCGAAGACAGUUUUGGCAAUUAUACUUGGUGGAGGAGCUGGAACUCGUCUCUUCCCUCUCACAAAGCGCCGCGCCAAACCUGCUGUCCCGAUUGGAGGUGCAUACAGGCUGAUUGAUGUGCCAAUGAGCAACUGCAUAAACAGUGGGAUCAACAAGAUAUACAUUCUGACUCAAUAUAACUCUUGCUCGCUAAACAGGCACAUUUCACGUUCUUAUAGCCCUGGUGGAGUACUCACCUUUGGAGAUGGCUAUGUUGAGGUUCUUGCAGCCACUCAAGUUCCAGGUCAGGAGGGUCAAAGUUGGUUUCAGGGUACUGCUGAUGCUGUAAGGCAGUUUCACUGGCUAUUUGAGGAUCCAAGAGCAAGGAACAUUGAGGAUGUAUUGAUUCUUUCCGGGGAUCACCUGUACAGAAUGAACUACAUGGAUUUGAUUGAAGUUCACCGGGAGAGCAAAGCUGAUAUCACACUUUCUUGUCUUCCAGUUGAUGAAAGCCGUGCCUCAGAUUUUGGUCUAAUGAAGACAGACAAGAAAGGAAGGGUGAUUUCAUUCAGCGAGAAGCCUAAAGGAGAAGACUUGAAAGCAAUGCAAGUAGAUACAACACUUUUGGGACUUUCACGGGAAGAGGCUGAAAAGAAACCAUACAUUGCUUCCAUGGGAGUGUAUGUGUUCAAGAAGGACUUACUUCUUAAUCUACUAAGAUGGCGCUUUCCAACUGCAAAUGACUUUGGAUCAGAAGUCAUUCCUGCUUGUGCUAGUGAGUUUUGCAUUAAGGCUUUUCUCUUCAAUGACUAUUGGGAGGAUAUAGGGACAAUCAGGUCAUUCUUUGAGGCAAAUUUAGCCCUCACCGAGCAUCCAUCCAGGUUUUGCUUUUACGAAGCAGGAAAACCAAUGUAUACAUCAAGGAGAAACUUACCACCAUCGAAUAUUGACAAUAGUAAGAUUGUUGACUCAAUAGUAUCGCAUGGAUGCUUCUUGACCAAUUCCUUUAUAGAGCAUAGCGUAGUUGGAAUCAGAUCCAGAAUAAACUCAAAUGUUCACUUAAGGGAUACAGUAAUGCUAGGUGCUGAUUAUUUCGAAACUGAGGCUGAGGUGGCAAAAUUGUUAGCUGAGGGAAAAGUUCCCGUAGGAAUAGGAGAAAAUACAAAGAUUAAGGACUGCAUUAUUGACAAAAAUGCUAGAAUUGGAAAGAACGUUAUAAUUGCAAACUCAGAGGGGGUACAAGAGGCUGAUAGAUCUUCAGAAGGUUUCUACAUCCGUUCUGGAAUAACCAUAGUAUCGAAAAACUCAGUAAUUAAAGAUGGGUUCAUGAUAUAGACUACUUCGCCCACCAUUUGUUGUUUGACCUUUUUGAUUGUGACAUGAAUCGACAAGAUAAAUAAAUAAACUACACUUUUGGAAUCAGUA